UAAGUCAUGCAUUUUUUUAAUCAAUUAAAGCAUAUGUUGGAUGAAAUAAAUAGUGAUCAUUCCAAUUUUUGUCUAAAUACGUGAAUUUUUCAGGAAAUGUCCCCAAGACGUAUUAAUAAUUGAUUCCAAGUGUUUGUAAAUAAAAUAUAUAUUUAUUAAUGUAUUAAGUUAUUUGACUAUUAUUUAUAAGUUUGGCUCUGCCAGCACCCAUAAGGCUGAGCUAGGAUUCUUUCACGAGACAGUCACCUUACAGCGUUUCCAUAGCAACAGCAUGGCCCUGCCCACUGAUGUGCCUGUCUUUUAAUCAGUUUUUCAUCUUUGGACACUGGACCAAAAAAUAAAAAAUAAAAAAUAAAAAUAAAAAAUAUAUAAUAAAUAUAGAAUCGAGAGGGUUAAUGAACUGCUGGAAUCAUUUCGUUUUAGAUGUUUAAUCACCUGCUUGUGUUCAUAAAUUCACUUUUUUGUAUUUUUUCUUGCACUCUUCAUAAAAAAAAGUAAAUUACAUUAUUAAAAAAAUAUUAAAGCCGAAUACUACAAGAAAAUCAGGCAGGAGAACACUGUAUGAUAACUCAUGACAAGCUAAAUGUGCCUACAAAUAAAUCAAUUCUUUGAAACCAGCCUCAGUGUGAUGACUGCAGAGGGUGACGGAGUUUCAUUCAGGAGGAGCUGAGCAGGAGCCUGUUCUCACCGAGGAGUGCUCCGAAACCUUCUGGUGACUCGUUUACUCCCCAAAACACAUGUGUCCACAAUUGCAACAGCGAUAAGGGCACACCGUUUCCCCCCAGCACUUCAUGUGUGCAGAGUAGCUGCAGCAGAGGGUUGAUAUGACUACACAUCGCUGCAAAAACUCGGGUUAAAGUUGAGUUUGACAGAAAAUGGCUGACAAAAAGGGGAAAAUUGCAGCUCCGGUCAAAGUACUGUCAAAAAAAGAACAAGAGCAGCUCAAGAAAAAGGAGGAAGAGAAAGCAGCGGAGGUGUUUGAAGAAUUUUUGGCAUCGUUUGAGGGCAGUGAUGAUAGAAAAGUAAAGACUUUUGUCCGUGGGGGAAUUGUAAAUGCUACUAAAGAGGAGGAGGCAGCGGAGGUCAAAAAAAGUAAGCUCUACCGACCGGCAACAAAGUUUUCCCCGGUGACCCAUCAUGUCUCGGCCACAUCAUCUGCUGAUAGCAAAAAAGCUGCUUUCAAAAAAAAGGCAGAUGAAAAGAGGAAGAGUAACCUGGAGCUGUUCAAAGAAGAGCUCAAGCUAAUACAGGAGGAGCGUGAGGAAAGGCACAAAAGGAAGAAAAAUGACCCCGGUGGAGGAGCUGAAGGAGGAAUAUGUGGAGAUUUGGAUAUUCCACUGUCUGGAAGAUCCAUGUUAUAUGACGACCUAACAGUGCCGAUCACCACUAACCUCUACAUCAACUGCAUAAGCCCAAAGAUGAAUGAGGAGAUGCUCUGCAGAGAGUUUUGUAAAUAUGGGCCCUUGGCAAGUGUAAAGAUAAUGUGGCCUCGAACAGAAGAGGAGCGAGGCCGGACUUCAAACCGAGCUUUUGUGGCUUUCAUGACACGGAAAGAUGCGGAGAGAGCCAUGGCUGCCCUCGACGGUAAAGUGAUUAUGGGCUUUGAAAUGAAGCUGGGAUGGGGAAAACCAGCCCGCAUCCCGCCUCAGCCUCUUUACACGCCGAUCGGGGUAAGAGUCGCCCCGCCGCCUCCAUCCGGACUCCCGUUCAACGCUCAACCAAGAGAUCGUUUUCGCAACGACUUCACCAAGCCGCUGAGCUCGUCCAAAGCAGAGCUAGACAAGACUCUGUCCGAAGCCGUAGUCAAAGUGGUUAUCCCAACUGAAAGGAAUCUCUUGUUCCUUAUUCACAGGAUGAUAGAGUUUGUGGUGCGUGAAGGUCCCAUGUUUGAAGCCAUAAUAAUGAACAAAGAAAAAAGUAAUCCAGAUUACAGGUUUCUUUUUGACAACAAGAGUCAAGAUCAUGUGUAUUAUCGCUGGAAACUCUUCUCCAUUCUGCAGGGAGAGACUCCCACAAAGUGGAGGACAGCAGAUUUUCGUUUGUUCCGAGGAGGUUCGCUAUGGAGGCCUCCUGUCUUAAACAGCUACACCGAGAGCAUGGAGGUGGAGGAUCAGGCUCCUCCUGAGGAGGAACUGAAGAAAGGACAGCUGCGAUCCGAACACAAACAGAAACUGGAAACACUUCUUAAAGAGCUCACUCCAAGCAGAGAAGACAUCGCCAACGCCAUGCUGUUCUGUCUUGGCCGGGCAGAUGCUGCAGAGGAAGUCGUGGGACUCAUAGCAGAUUCGUUUUCUUUGCUUCAGACACCCCUUCAAUUAAAGAUCGCUAGGUUGUAUCUCGUGUCGGACAUCUUGCACAACUCGUGUGCCAAAGUCGCCGGCGCAUCAUAUUAUCGUAAAUAUUUUGAGACAAAGUUACCACAGAUAUUUGGAGAGCUUAAUGCAGCCCACAAAAACAUACAGGCCAGGCUGCAGGCCGAACAGUUUAAGCAAAAGGUCAUGAUUUGUUUUAGGGCAUGGGAAGACUGGGCCAUAUAUCCGGAGCCUUAUCUAAUCCACCUUCAGAAUAUCUUUUUGGGCUUCGCCAAAGCUGGAGAGGAGGUGACGGAGGCCGUGGAGGAAGAAUCUGUUGAGAUCGAUGGCGCGCCGCUGGACCGAACAGCUAUAGAUGGGCUGCCUUUGGGCAGAUCUGCGGAGGACAUCGACGGCUGCCCCAUGGGCUGGGACCCCCUGGAUGGAGUCCCAGUUGAUGACAUUGAUGGGGUUCCUUUAGGUGUUUCCAGUGAUGACAUUGAUGGAGUUCCAUUAGACGAAGGCAACGCUGCUCUCUCCAGAGUCCCUUUAUCUAAAUGGGAGAAGAUGGGUGAUAGUAGAACGUUUCCUCAAGCCAAAACUGAAUCCAAAUGGGACACUAUUGGCGAACAAGACAGCGAAGAUGAAGCCAAGAUUCGUUCCAAUUCCCAGGAUGAGAACGAAGGCUCAGAAAGUGACAGUAGUGCCGAUUCCUGCAGCUCGCCUAACUAUGACAGUGCAGUUUUCCAAAGCUCGCUUCGAAGUUUCCAGAUGUCUGAGAGCAAAAGGAAAAAGUUGAGGGAACUGGAGGUGAAGGUUAUGAAGAUCCAGGAUGAGCUGGAAUCUGGCAAAAGGCAGAGGAAACCUGGAAUGAGCAUCCAAAAGCAAGUGGAGCAAUAUAGAAACAAACUGCUGCAGAAGGAAUUUCAAAAGGAUGAAGAAAAAAAUGAGAGGUCAAAGGCCAAAGACAAACCAAGAGAUGACAGAAGAAAGGACAGAAAACGCAGCAUCGAUCCUGGAGACCGAAAAUCCAGGAGCAUUUCUCCUCUAAAGCAAGUGUCCAGGACAAAGUCUCCUAAACGGUCCAAACGCUCCCGAUCACCAUCUCCAGAUCACAAAGCAAAGAAAUCCAGAUCACGCUCGCCACAUCGCUCCCACAAGAAGUCAAAGAAGAGCAAACACUGACUGCCAGCAGGGGGCGUCAUCAUCCAGGACUGCGCUUCAACCAGCCACCGUCUGCUGGAGGACUCAUGCUUACUGCAACCAUCCACCAUAGCAGCAGCCUUUUAUAUAAUGAAAUUAAAACACUGUAACUAUGUAUGUAUAUUUUUUUUCAUGUUUGUUUUUAAAAUUAAAACCAGAAAUCCUCCUGCAGACUUCUGACACUAAAUAAAACUUUUUGUGGAUGAG